AUGUCAUCGACGUCAGCCUAUUCAGCAAAUAUUCAGACAAAAUUAAACAGGUCAAAAUCACAUUAUCUGGAAGUGAAGUAUUGUUCCUUCUCAUUUACUGAGCAAUAUCCAAGCUCAAAUUUGUGUUUGAUUCAGUUACAAACGGAGAACAAAGUACCGGAAAAAUUGGACUUGUCGGAUUAUGACGUGGCAGCGGUCACUACGUUAGUAAAUUACAUGACGAGUGGUGGCCGUGCCAGUGCUCGCAUCACAACUUCUAUUCUCGGCGAUAUGACAGAAAUCGCGCAAGUGCUCGAAAUGAAGUCAUUAUUGCAGAAAAUCGAAGAAUUCAUAAUGAUAUCUGUAAGACAAAGUGACCACUUUCUGGUCCGCACCUUAUCAAUGAUAAGCAAAGAAAUGAUGAUGGAUACUCCCUUGGGAAGAAAGAUUAUCGAUAUCGCUGUCAAGCAUUUUCCACGCAUUUGCAAAGUGCCAGCAUUCCAUGAUAUUCCCAUCGACGUUAUCGUUCGCAUUUUUGACCGCUGUGAUUUGAACGUGGAGAGCGAGUAUGACUUAGUUAACGUCGCGAUUGAAUGGCUAACUGUUAACCCAGAACGUGUCUACGCUUCUUAUCUAAUAUUACGCUGCAUACGCAUGAACAAUUUGUCUUGGUGUGAACGCAUAAAUCUCAUCAAUCGCCUUAACACUCUGCCCAAUUAUGCUAGAAUAGCUUCGGCAUUUGCGUUUUAUACAUUCAGCAACACCAACGCUUAUCGCGUGUGCGUCUUGGCAAGUCAUACAAUGUAUAAACGAUGCGGCAAUAAAAGUGGCCAACUGAAAUUUGUAAUUGAUGUUCCCCGACGAAAAAUCGUGCAUCGAAGAAAGGUCCCUAUUAAAUCGACUUACGUCACUGCUAAACCAACGAAACGCACGCAACCAGUAGUUGAUGACAAAAGUGAAUCACCAAGCGAAGGUGAAGAUAUCGAGCGCGCAUCUUUCUCCGUCUGUAAGGAACGACGUACGACACGUGCCGAACGUAUGACGCGUUACGCCGAAAAACGUAAACGUGCGUAUAAUUACUUUAUUCUUGUCCCUUGA